UAUCAACAUCGGAAUAUAUUAAAUCACCAACUGAGGGUGAAGCUGUGGCAGCAGAUUUCGCCCUCAAGCGCUUACUCAAGAAAAGCCAAACUGCGAAUCCAACUGCUGUGUUAUGAAUACAAUUUUCCAUCUUAUUUUCGACUCUUCCCCGAAGUUUGAAAGGCUGCAGGUGGCACCUUUGAGGAUCCUGAACAAGCAGCCGUGCCAGGCAGACACUCGGAAGACGAACACGGUAUCAGCUUCCCAAGCGAGGAUGAUGAGGGUCUGGAAAUCACGAGACGCAUAUGAUAACAUCAUCUCCCAAACCCGCAGACAUCUGAGAGCCCGUCGUCUCAAACAGCACACAAGACUUUCGGCCUUCGGCAACCCAACAUCACCUUUUCCUAACACAUUGUUUCAUGAAAGCAGAUUUAUGGUUGGCCACAAGCAAACGCAGAUACGAUUCCAAAUAAUAAUGAAUUGAAAACUAGUUUAGACCCAAUUAAAAGUACAA